AUGUGUCAAGUGUUGCAUGUGGCACAGUCGGCUACCUUGAUCCUGAGUACUAUGCUAAUCAACAGUUAACUGAAAAGAGUGAUGUCUACAGUUUUGGGGUUGUUCUUUUGGAGCUGAUAUCAGGAAAAAAACCUUUCUCAGCAGAAGAGUACGGUGCUGAAUGGCACAUUGUUCACUGGGCAAGGUCAUUGAUUCGUAAAGGGGAUGUGAUGAGCAUCCUAGAUCCUUCAUUAGCAGGUGAUAUUAAAAUAGAGUCACUUUGGAGGAUAGCUGAAGUUGCAAUCCUUAGUGUUGAGCCACAUGGAAGUUGCAGGCCAAAGAUGCAGGAAAUAGUUUUGGCUAUUCAAGAUGCCAUUAAAAUUGAAAAGGGAAGGCAGAGAAAUUACACAAGAUGCUCAAGCUCUCAGUCAAGGCAAUCUCCACACAUAAGUUCCCCAUCAGACUCUCUAGAAAUUGAAAGCUCUAACUUUUCAAGUGGUUGCAUUCUGCCAUCUGCAAGAUAACUGUAUAGUUGUUCGACAUUGGAAGCAUUGAUAUAUAUUUCAUAGCAAAUCAUACAGAAUUGUAACUACCCAGAAAAUGUAAAAAGUUGAAUUUAUGGUUGAAAGAUACACAGACCUUUGAUCUCAUACAA